GCAGUGGCGCCGUGCCAGUCGGUGCAUCGUGCGGCGCGAGCAGUCGAGCCUGGCGAGGUCGUCUCUCGCGUCGCCUUUCUCGUGUCUCUCUCUCUCUUGCUCGGUGGUCACACAACUACACAACGUUCUUCGCGUAGAACGCAUAAUACUUGAAACUUGUAAUUCUACUAGUGAGAAAACAGUUGAAAGAGAAGUUCCAAAUUUUUUCGAAGAGGAAGAAGAAAAAAACAGAAAAGAAAAAAAGAAAGAGGGAAAAUCAUAUAUAUAUACAAUAUAUAUAUACAUAUACAUCAUGUAUGUAUAUAUAUAUACAUGUACGCAUACAUAUAGGUAAAAAGAAAGAGAUAGAGGUAGAUAGAGAGAAAGAGAAAGAACUCGGGAAAAGUCGUGAGUGGUUCGUGCGUUCGAAAUGUACGUGGUGUGAGGCUAUGAAGAAGAAACGAGGAUCAGUGUUGGAAGAAGUCACCGUUGUCGUUGUUGGGCGUAGCCGGGCGUCGCGCGAAAUUGCUUGAAAGCGGCCUCUCCUACGCUCUCAGUGCGUGACAGUACUGGAGCUCUCUGCCAUUGGAAAAGGAUAUGUAUCCAUCUCUCUUUCACUCGCAACAUCGUUACUACAAGCAAUACUACUACUAUUCAUUGGUAUCAACUAAUAUACUCGGAUUCUACUUUACCGUCCCUAUCUAAAGAGAGACAGACACUGUCGUGGAAGUUUGAGUAAAAAAGUUAUACAAGAAAUAGUGAUCGAAGAUUAUUAUGCCUACGGUGUGAUUGUAGCACAAAUUUCGGAUUCUCGAAAGCGAGGUGAGCUGUCAACAUGAACAGCAGAUGACUGUUGGCUGAGCCAGUGCUCGUUUAAGUUUAAUAUGAGCGAAGUCGUAGCCGUAACAGUGCCUACUGGUGGAUCGACGCGCCAGGAAAGCGUGGCACAUAUCAAAAGGCACAAAUUAGCUAACUGUAAUGUUCCUCUUGUUCAUGGCCGACCAAAUCCAUCAAUCAGCGCUCGCAAUAGGCUGACAACUCAUCAACGAAAUCAUAGUUUGGACUUUAGGUCAAUGGGUAUCUUACUUCCACCGGUGCCCCAAGCGGCCGCGACAACGUUAACGCUGCACCAUAGAAACAGAAGCCUGGAUUCGGCUUUACAACGAAUCCCUGAGGUGGACGUUACUCCGAGUCCAGAAUGCGAGACGAACCCUACGCCCGUAAUUAAGACAACGGUGCCAACCUGCAAGGGACGUAGUCGAGAACGCGAAGAUCUCGCUAGUCUUGGAUCCGACGACUCUGGUAUACUCUGUGGUUCCGACAGCGGUUCUAGUGACGCUGCCAACACAGCUACCAGAGAGUCAAGUGUAGAUCAUUUGCAUAGUAGAGAAAGUCUCGAUUCUACUUUGUCACAAACAGGAGAUAUGGAUGGGAUUGAUGCUGUUGACGGAGAAGACAACAGUGGGGUGUCUGUAUCAGUGUCCCCUGUGGAAUUAGUGUUACGUAGUGAGUCCUUGCCCGAAAAGAAUGGUGAUCGUGAACUCUGUAAACUAAAGAAUCUCGAUAAAACUAAUCAUGAAACUGAGGAACACUCUGGUAUAGUCCUUUGUCCUAAAGAACUUCAAAAUCAUGAAUACUCAUGCGAGGAACCUUGUAAUAGCAUAUCUGAGAAAGCUAUGGAGUAUCAAAACUCUUCCUCCGAAGUAGCCAUGGUACAAGGAGAAUUGGCAGGCGCUGCGAUGACUUUGUGUUGUGGCACCUCUGCACAACCUGAUAAAGAAACUGUAAAAAAACAACCAGAAGUUCAAAGACAAGAGACAGUUCAGCCAAAGCCAUCGGAGGGAUGUUUACUCAGGUUAUUCGAGAGUCAAAUAUUUGAUAUGUCUAUGGCCAUAUCCUAUCUUUUCAAUUCCAAAGAACCAGGUGUUCAGAGUUAUCUAGAUAAAUCUUGCAUUAUGGAUUCUUGCAUAGAAACAGAAAAUUCACACAUAUUUAGUAUAUUUUUAGGUAACAAGAUGUUCAGUUUUCCUGAUAACGAAGUGGAUUUCUAUUUGCCACAAUUGGUGUUAAUGUAUAUACAACUUCAUGAUGUUACUGAAGUUCUUUAUCCAUAUCUUGUCCAUAGAUGUAGACAAUCGGCCGAUUUCUCGUUAAAAUGUGCUUGGCUAUUAGAUGCAUACAGCUCUGAUGCUCAUUUGCCAUCCAAAAAGAAGUCUCAUGGGACCAAAUUAAAAAAUCUCAUUUUGUCAGAUGAACUUAGGCCGAAAGGAAAUCUGACACGAAAGCAACGAUCUUCCGCGUUGCAAGUUCCUGCUUCGCCGCCAUUACCUUUAACACAGAACGUUAUGUCACCUAAUAAGAAAACUCACCAAAGAUCUCAAUCGGAUGCUACUGGAUUGUUCCAAACUUUACGCCGUAGUCAUUCCGGUACAAUAAAUAAAGUAAGCCUUGGGGACCUGAGCUCUGGUCGAGCAUUUGACAAUGGUUGUACCUGUUUUUAUUCCUGCCAAGGUGUGGUAAAUGAUUUAAGAGGUCAAAAAACCGAUUGCUUCUGCAAUGCACCCCGUCUUGCUCCAGAACUUGAAUUUAUUCAAGCAUUGAUAUCUAUUGGUAAAUUACUUGGGACUAUUCCAACAAAGGAAAGUAAGACUGUACAGUUGGUAGCAGAACUUAACACUCUUAAUUUAAAUCUUCCUGCAAGGGUAUGGUUGCCUUUGCAUAGUACAGUACCGCAUCAUAUUGUAAGAGUCCCUCCACAAUAUGCUGCUGUGCUUAAUAGUAAAGAUAAGGCACCAUAUAUUAUUUAUGUCGAAGUAUUGGAAGUAGAAGAUUUAUAUACAUCACCUGUGCCGACCAAAAUUAUGGGAAGUUCAUUAAGGCAUACGAAGUCUGAAGAAAAUUUAACUGGUGGUGAACAGUCUAAUGUGACGUCAUCAUCUAAUCUGGUUUCUGCUGAAAUGCAGCAAAACGUAACAACAGCACUUAGACAAACUCCUGUUAAAAAUAUCUCUCCAUAUUCUGUUAAAAAUACAGAAAUAGCAUUUAAUUUUCCCGAUGACGAUCCAAAUGAUUGUUGGAGUCAAGAAGACGAUGAAAUCACACAACAGUAUUUACAAUUACGUAAGCCCAGAGAUAGAGAUACGAUAUCGCAAUUAAGUCAAGAAUCAUCUGAUAGUCGAGAACCAGUUUUUGUACCUGGUGAUAUAAAACGUCGUCUAAGUGAAAUGACUGCUACACCUAGUGCAACAUUUAACCAUGAUCCAGAGGAUCCAUCAGCCGCCGUCCUCAAAGAGCCAUGGGAAUUAAAGCAGAAACGUAUUAGAGCAUCCAGUCCAUAUGGUCAUUUAGCUUCUUGGAGACUUCUUGCCGUUAUUGUAAAAUGUGGGGAUGAUUUAAGACAAGAACUUCUUGCUUCCCAAUUACUUUCAAUGUUACAAAAAAUUUGGCUAGAUGAGAAAAUUCCACUUUGGGUUCGACCAUACAAGAUUUUAUGUUUAUCCAAUGAUAGUGGAUUGAUAGAACCAAUAUUGAACACAGUAUCUUUACAUCAAAUAAAAAAGCACUGUCAGCUGACUCUUCUACAAUACUUCGAACGAGAAUUUGGUCCUUCAAAUUCAGAAGCGUUUAUCGUAGCUCAAAAGAACUUCGUGCAAAGUUGUGCUGCUUACUGUCUUAUAAGUUAUCUCAUUCAAGUGAAGGAUCGUCACAAUGGAAAUAUUUUACUACAUAGCGAUGGACACCUAAUACAUAUAGAUUUUGGAUUCAUAUUAUCAACCUCACCUCGCAAUUUGGGAUUUGAGACCAGUCCAUUUAAAUUGACUCCCGAAUUUGUUGAAGUGAUGGGUGGUAGUCAAUCAAAAAUUUUUCAACAAUUUAAAACUCUCAUUCUUCAAGGUUUAAUCGCAGCACGAAAGCAUAUGGAAAAGAUUGUUAAUCUAGUAGAAAUCAUGUUAUCAGGAUCUCAACUUCCUUGUUUCCGUAGUGGAGGAGCCGCUACGGUUCAAGGAUUGAAAAAUAGAUUUCAUCUUACGCUUACGGAAGACCAAUUACGUCGCCAUGUUGAAGAUUUGGUCGAAGGUAGCAUUCAUUCUUGGUCUACUAAACUGUAUGACCGAUAUCAGUACUUCGCAAACGGUACUCUUUAAUGCCGUAGUGAAGCUUUUCAUCCACGCCAGUGUCAUAAUUUUUUGGCGUUGGAAGAUAUUUUUAUCAUGGACAAAGAAGAGAACAGUUGCAAAUAAUAUCAAUUUAAUAAUGUGGGAUUUCUUCCACACUUUUAAAUACACUUUUCAACAUUCCACGAGCACAAAGUACUUUUGAAUCUUUUCGAUGGUCAAGGAGAUAUCGUUCCAGUGUGAAUAAAUUGCUCUCCGGUCCUUUUUUCUUUUUUGUUUUUGUUUUCUUUUUUUCUUUUUCUUUUUUGUUUUUUUCUAUAAAAUCAAAUAGUCUAAAUCGAAUCGCGUUAACUGGAUUAGGUCAAUUACGUCUGAUCUUCGAAUUACUUGUCGCUUUGGCAGCCCAGUGUGGUGGGCAUGGUAGGUAGAUCAUUUUAGAAGAAAUUUGAGGCAUUCGAAAUGAGGCAUGAAUAGAUAAAAAUCAUUUUAGAUUAAACUCUUGAGGCAUUUGAAACGAGAAGUUUUACGCGAACUACGCUGCUUUAAAGAUAUUGGAUUGUAGCAAAUAAUAAGUACAGUUAAUAUAUUUAUUAUAAAUGCUAUAAAACAUUAAAUGAUAAAGUAUUUGUUAUGACUAUGUUAAUUUAUGGUAAACAAAACAUAUUAAGAAAAUUGAGAGAAGAUGACUAUUUCCGUUUAAGAGAAUUCAAAUUUUAAACGGGAAAUAAUUUUUGAUGUUUACAGUGCCCAGUUAGUUACAUAAUGUUUACAUAUGCAUAUUGUUUUUCGUUCAAUGUAUUAAUACAGCAGUUUAUGUAAGCCUCAAUUGACAAUUACGAGUUAUCUACUAUCGGUGCAGAUCUUGUAACAUUGAAUAAGUGUUGGACUGCUAGAUCGUUGUAGCCUAUAACAGCGUAAUUUGUUAAAGGUGCCUUAUUUAUAGAGAAUGGUGGUUACGAUCAAGUCUAAAAAUGCAGUGAAGUGAUUACAGGGCUGUCUGUCGAUGCUACCCUUAUAGUGAACUGGACAAUCUGUUAUUUGUAAAUAAACACAAUAUGUGGACUUUUGUCGGAUUGCAAGAAAAUAAUUCAACCGUUUUGGCAGUAAAUAAAUCUAUCCGGAACGGCAUGAAUGAUGGAAGAAAUGAUGGGAAGAAUCAUAUGUGCCGUUUGAACGUAUAUGGGCUGUACGUAAAAGGCUCAGAUACUAACCGAAGACGAAUACUCAAAAAAAAAUAUCUCCUACUUUAUAGAUCAAUAUUACUAUAUAUUAAUAUAUAUUAUAUAUUAUAUACUGAAAUAUAUAAUAUAUAAUAUAAAUAUAUAUAUAAAUAUAUAUAUAUAUACAUAUUAUAUGUAAUAAUAUAAUAUAUAUAUAUGUAUAUAUACAUAUAUAUAUACAUGUAAUUGUAACAAUCUAUUAAGGAUAAUUCUUAUAGUAAAACUUAAGAACCACAUUUGAAAAGUUUUUACAUGUUCUUAUUACGUACAUUCAUAAUUAUAAUACAAAUUGUCUUAGCUAUGUGGAAACAAUUAUUUAAUACUAUUCCUGCGUUAUAUCUGUUUUUUCUUUUUUUCGGGUAACUAAAUUAUAAAGUAAAAAAGUAUUGUACAUAAAAACAAAAAAUUUAAAUCAGUUAUCAUUUAAGGCUAAUAGUGGAUGAAUGUUUGAAACAAAAUCAAAGUCAUGGUGAGCCAGCCCAGAGUACGAGAGACCUGGGCCCUCUGACUUCCAAGUGUCUUAUAUCUCUCUCUCCUAUCAUAACCGUCUCACGAUAGACAGGCAGACCAGAGUUGAUUCAUUUCUCCAAUAGUAAUCGUUGGUUUUGUUAUAUUUUAAUAUAAAUUAAUUUAUAAUAUAAUGAAGAAGUUUUUUUAUUCUAAAUUUGUCAAUACUCGUUGUAUUAUGUAUAUUUAAUACAAUUGUAUAAGAUCAGAUUUAUUAAAAUUGUAUCUAUUUCCUUUAUGUAACAUAUAAGCCAUGUUUUAUCUUAACAAUAUGCAAAAUAUGAAUAUACCUGGUCUUGUUUGUUCUCUCAACUCAUUACGAGCUAUUGAUAAUAUGAAAUAUCGAAUAAAUACGAAUGCAAUGAUA